UUCUCACCUAUGCGAGGUUGAGCUGUGAGCAUGACGAGGGUACAUUUUACUUUCGUAAUAACAGUUGCUUUCAUAACCGGAAUCCAUAUCGUUCAUGCACAUUUUUGUAGAAAAGAUGACCGAAUUGUUACCAGGAAUGACCACGAAGUCUGCACAUUUUCUCAACACAUCGAGAACGACUGCAAGUCUGCAGGUCCAUUUUAUUUCGGAACGGAUGUAGUGCCGAAUAGCCUUACAACAAAAUGUGUGGUAAUGAACCAUACGAUUACAUGCAGC